AUGGCUCAGGCUCUGCGCGCAUCUCGUGAGAGCGCCGACGACGUGGCAACUGGCCUUUAUGCAUUUCGAACCCCCUUCCAGAACAUGUGGGCGAGAUCACAUCGCUCAUCCGAAGAUCCCCGAAAUCGCCGUUGCUUUAAUAUGAUCAAACCCGAUCUGAACGUGGUGCAAGCCAGUUACACAUAUACAAUCGAGGACAUCGGCGAUAUUUUCAGAGAGCUCGAUGGCGGAGAUGUUAGUCCAGCCAGGUACAAGCGAACAUGGCUGAAUAUGAACCGGUUCUUUUGGGACCAAUCGCAGUAUACCCUGGCCACCCGCCUAGCCAAGUAUAAGACGGUCUUUAAAGAGUUCUGCGACUUGGUAAAGAAUGGUCAAUAUACUUCCCCGCUCCUUGCAGGCCUUGUCAAUGGAUUCAAGACUCUACUGUCUACACAAGAUAGUCGGUUUGCUGCUCGCUUCGAAGGCAUGACGCUCCGUCCCGAUGAUUCACCCUCCGGCAACCGCGCGAGCUCUCGUCACCGUUCCCGUCCCACCACCCCGGUGAGAGACCCUCCGGCAAGGGACCGCCCGACGAGGGACCGCCCGACGAGGGACCGCCCGACGAGGGACCAGCCAGGGAGGGACCGCCCAUUAAGGGACCACCCAACGAGGAACCACCCAGUGAGAGAUCACCCGCUGAGGGACCACCCGGUAAGAAAUAGCCCGGUGAGUGACCGGAAUGCACGGCGGCGGAGGUCAUACGAGCGCACUCGACCGCCGCAUCUGUCUCCACCAAUGUCGCCUUCCUCCGGCACUUCUUCGGAGUUCCCACCGUCUGUACCGGAAAUCCCUACCUCGCCGCACACUUCUACUACUAGCCGCUCGAGUGCCCCUGAUGUUAUCAAAGAACAUUGGGCUAAGGAAACAUUCGGGUCCAAUAGUACCAGCACCCCUCUGCCAUCCGUAAGAGAAAGGUCGUACUGCCGCGGAGAACCCCAGCUAGGCAUUAAACAGUGGAUUAAAGACGAGGGCUUCGAGGAGCUCCUCCAAUUAUCCCUAAACGAUGAGUCUGAUAUGCGCGUGUCCUUCUACCUAAGAAGACUAGACCACCGCGUCCGCAUCCUCUGCAGGGAGCCCCACCGCACAAGGCCUAGUGAUUACUACUGCUUGCCGCUUAAUUUACUUGAGAUACUGCGAGACGGCUCUUGUCUCCGAUUGUGCAGGCGGAAGCACGGGACACAGCUUAUUUUAUGGACGCAAUUGAAGUUCACCACAUUGGAAGAUAUGGUGCUGUUCCAUAACACAUUUCUUGCCUUGCGCUCCCAGGAUGCAGGCCACGUCAUUGGAGAAAUUAUAGACCACGAGCUGGACCAUGAAGAUGAGAUUUAUGCAGCUACAAUCACCGAUGAUGACUAUGUGCACGCACUGCGCGUAUACAAAGACUUGGUGACUGGGGCCGUGCGACUCCAAGCAUCGGUCUACCUGGGGGAGAUGAAACACACACCUGUCUGGACUGCUUUCGUCACCCACAACCUUGGGAAGCGCAGUUGGCUUAAGUCAUACGAUUCCAGAACGGUGAUUGUGCGUGAUAUCAAGCCUGUGGUAUUUAUAUCUAUGGACGAUUAUACAUCCCCGCAAACUCCACAGGGACAUCAUGUCUUGGAGUUCGAAAGGUCUUCUGAUGCCAGGAUGUUUCUGGAAAUUAUGGAUGAACUGAGCGAGUGA